UUUUUUCGUAAAGCUCAAAUUCAGGACCUUUUUUCCUAAAAAUCUAGAGAUCCUUAUGCAUCACAGGACCGAGUCAAUAGGCUCCCAUCUCUUUCUUCCAUCUCACAAAAAAUUGACCCCAAAAAAAAAAAGAACAUUGAAUCGAAACAAAAUCUGUCUUCCAAUUUUCUUAUUUUCUCCAAAAAAAAAAUUCUCUGAAUUGAUUUCCUCUUUUCCUGCAGAAAAAUUUUCCCUCCCUCCCUUCUCUCUCCUCCCCUCUGGAAUGCUUCUUCUCUUCUCUUCUCCAAGAAAAAGCAGGUAACAGAGCUAGUUUGAGAGAAGAAAGAAUCCAAAUCCACACAUUGCUUUCCCCAGGAGGCUGUGCACUUGAACUAGAAACACAUCUCCUGGGGCUUAUGCCCUUCCCGUGUCAAGCUAUCGCGUUCAGUACCCGGUAUUGACGAUCGAAUGUUUGAAGUGAUGGAAUGAUGUUGUCCUACAUAUGGUACUACACCCUUGAUCGUGAAGCAUCAGUUGCUUUGUUGGACCCUGUGAAUUGCUCUUCGUCGGUUCAGGAAUUCGACCGUUUCUUGUGAGGGGCUAGUACCGAAAAUGGGUGACAUUUCGCCGGAGAGAAAAGCAGGGUGCGGCAUACUGAAUGCGGUGUUUGGGCGGAACUCGUUCUGGCUUGGGAGGAGCACAUCAGCCAGUGUACUGUCCACCCCGAACCAUAACAACAAUGUUACAAAGUCCCCAAGCACGCCCAACUCGAGAAGGCGCCGGGGGGGCUCCGACGAGACCGCAUUCCUUGAAUCAACUUCUAAGGGGUUGGAAGUUGUUGCCCCGAGGCCAACCACAAGGCCUUCCUCUGUAAGCCACCAGAAGGCCUCAAUUACUCACCAUCAGAACCAAAGCAGGUUUACUGCUGAUGCGGUGGUGCCUGGCGGUGGUGCUGGGGUGGGGGGAAGGAAGUCCUCCAAUGGUUAUGUAAACCAAGGCAAACAAGUCCCAAAGGAGGCAAUCGGGAUAUCCGGUGAGCUCGAGAGCAUGAUCAACGACCACCAGAAGGUGAAAGGGAGUAGCACCCUUGUAAGGGCAUCCUCGAGCAAUGUCAUGCUCUUUGGGAACUUAGGAAACUUGAGGCAACCUGGUGUGGGGAACACAAACCCUGGUGGCAAUAAUGUCUGUGGUCAUCAGCCGCAACCCGCCGACGAAUAUAGCCAUUACUCGCAACCUAACAGAGGGCAUACAAAAAGCGGGACCUGUAACAAAGACAAUAACGACUACGGCUAUGGCAAUAGCAAAUCAAGUCAGGCAGCACCUUCUUCUUUGUGCCGUGCGAUCUCAACAAGAAUGGACCCUGAGACGUUGAAGAUCAUGGGAAACGAGGACUACAAGAACGGGAGGUUCGUGGAGGCUCUGGCUCUCUAUGAUGCUGCUAUCUCGAUCGACCCAAACAAAGCCUCUUACAGAAGAAACAAAAGUGCAGCUUUAACAGCUUUAGGAAGGAUUCUUGAGGCUGUCUUUGAGUGCAGAGAAGCCAUUCGAAUCGAGCCUCGUUAUCAACGGGCGCAUAAUCGUAUCGCAACCUUAUAUGUCAGACUUGGGGAGGCUGAGAAGGCGAUCUAUCACUACAAGCAUGCUGGACCGGAAGCCGACCCUCAGGACAUUGCUAAAGCAAAGACACUCCAAGCCCUUCUUCAGAAGUGCACCGAAGCUCAGAAGCUCCGAGAUUGGAACAGCCUGAUCAGGGAGAGCAGCCGAGCAAUAUCCAGCGGUGGAGAUUCAGCUCCACAGAUAUUUGCAUUGCAAGCCGAGGCAUUCCUGAAGCUUCACAGGCACCAGGAAGCCGACGAAACAGUAUCAAAGGGUCCAAACUUCGAGGUUGAUGCUUGCACAAAAUUCCUCGGUCCUAUCGGGAGUGCCAACAUGUUAACAGUUCGGGCUCAAGUUGACAUUGCUGCAGGCAGAUUCGAUAAUGCACUUGACGUGGCUCAACAAGCGACUCGGCUCGACCCAAACAACAGGGUAGCAGCCAUAGUGAUGAAGCGUGCACGGGCAGUAGCAGCAGCUCGGUCAAAGGGCAAUGAAUUAUUCAAGGCAGGGAGGUUCAGCGAGGCCUGUAUAGCUUACAGCGAGGGACUGGAGCAUGACCAUUACAACUCUGUCUUGUUGUGCAACAGAGCCGCUUGUCGAUCGAAACUAGGCCAGUUUGAGAAAGCCAUCGAAGAUUGCACUGCAGCCCUUGAUGUCCGUCCAUCAUAUAGCAAAGCUCGGCUAAGAAGGGCGGAUUGCAAUGCCAAGUUGGGAAGAUGGGAGGCUUCGGUGCAAGAUUACGAAGUGUUGAUCAUAGAAACACCAGAUGAUGAAGAGGUGGCCAGUGCUUUCUUGGAAGCAAAGGAACAACUCAAGAGGCAGCAAGGGGGGGCCUCUGCAGACACAAACCAAGAAAGAACGAAUCUAAUCGCAAUUUCAAGCAUAGAAGAGUUUAGGCAAUACACGGCGUCACGAGCAAUUUCCAUCGCGUACUUCUACAACAAGCCCGGGGAAAGGCAAAUGCUGCAGAUUAUGGAGCAGUUGUGCAGGAGACACCCUUCAGUGAACUUCCUCAAGGUUGAGGUUGAAGAUAAUUCCCCAAUACUAAAAUUCAAGGGACCGGAGUUGUUGCCAAGCUUCAUUUUCUACAAGAAUGGCUCGAUGAUCCGAGAAAUUCAUGGGGAUGACCCAGAAACGUUAGAGAGUGUGAUCGAUGACUUAACAAGUUGAUAGUGAAGACCGUAAACAAGUGGAUUCAAAUCCCAGCACCCAGACACAAGUAACAUAGGCAGGCCGUGUAAAGGGAAAGUGGUGAAAUGCAGAGGCACAGGAGGCAGAAUGGUACAGCUGAUUUUCUCUGCUUCAAAGCACCUCGAAAGGAAAGUACAGGUAUCAGAUCAAAUAGGCAAAAAGUCCAUUUAGCUUUAGAGAAACAGGAAGCUAAAAAGAAAGUCCCAUUGAUGAUUGAAUGUUGAUAGAUUCACAAUCUAUCCUGAAUUCAAUCUGUAUAGAUGUAACAAUUUGAUCGUCAGAUCUUCCUUCAUUGCAGUUCUUGAAAGUAGCCUGGAUCUUCAACUGAACCACCAAUUGUUACAGAACCAAAACGAGCAAAAAAACAUCAUUGGGAGACUCCAA